AUGACAAUAGAUACUAUUCAGUCGCAGCAGCAGUUCUUUGAGUUACUUGAGCCAGUUAAAGCCUAUUGUCUCAAAUCAAACUCAACUAUAAUGGCAUCAUCAACUCAUUUUUUCCUGAUUUAUGAUGAACAUCCUCCAUCACUCAUUCUAUUCGAUGUUCAUAGUCUUAAUUUAUUGGGACAAAUUAAUUUGAGUGAUUAUAAUCUAACAACUGUAACAGAUAUGUGCUGGCAUCCACAAUUAGAAGUAUUCUUGUUUACUUGUCCAUCUCUGAUAUGUAUGUACAGACCUUCGAAUGGUAACGAGAUAAAACAACAACAAAUUCAGCAACAAUCAUGUAAUCCUUGGUCAAUUACAUGUUCAUCCAAUAUAUCUGAUAAAUCGAAUAAUUUAUAUAUAUGUUUUUCGUUCGGUGAUUAUCUUGAUUCUUAUUCGUUCCUGUCAGGUUGGAAAUUACUAAAACGUUGGUUCAAAAAUGAUUUAUGCGAAAUAACUGAUCUCGGUCUUAAUUGUAUUCGAAUAACUAGAUCAAAUGAUUGUCUAGGAAUGUCAAUUAAAGAAGAAAAUUUAACAUGGCGCAUUGAUCUAUUUUUACUAGAAACAAUGACGAGAUUACAUCGUGGUAUUACAAUUGAACAACAACAGACGGGAGCAAACUGGAUUGGAAUUCUAACACCGAUGAUAUUGUCAAACAAUUGGUUAUUUGCCGAUGGAGAUUGUGGGCUAUUUUUUAUUGAUAAUAAAAAUAGUCAAAUAAAAAAGAUGAAAAAUACUGCCUAUGCAACAUGUAUAUUGAGUACUAACAAUUUAAUUGCUAUUAGAGAAUGUGAAAAAUUGAAAUUCUAUAAUAAAUUAACAUCAGCAAAAACAAUGGGAAAAAAAGUGAAGACUGGAAAGUUGCGUCGAGAUAAAUUUUACCAUUUAGCCAAAGAAUCGGGUUUUCGUUCUCGUGCUGCAUUCAAAUUACUACAAUUAAAUCGUGAACAUCGCUUCUUAGAAAAAUCUCGUGUUUGUAUUGAUCUAUGUGCCGCACCAGGUGGAUGGCUUCAGGUCGCUGAAAAACAUAUGCCUGUGUCAAGUUUGAUCAUUGGUAUCGAUUUAGUACCAAUUAAACCAAUUCCAAAUACAAUUACUUAUCAGGAAGAUAUCACAUCAGAGAAAUGUCGACAAUUGUUAAAGAAAGAUUUGGGUACAUUUAAAGCCGAUGUUAUUCUUCACGAUGGAGCACCAAAUGUUGGAAAAAAUUGGAUUCAUGAUGCUUAUCAACAAAACGUCUUGACAUUAAGUGCUCUUAAAUUAGCUACGGAGUAUUUACGUAAAGGUGGCUCCUUUAUAACAAAAGUGUUUCGCUCUAAAGAUUAUUAUGCCCUACUAUGGGUAUUUCAACAAAUGUUCAAAAAAGUCGAUUCAACUAAACCACAAGCGUCUCGUAAUGAAUCAGCUGAAAUAUUCGUUAUCUGUCAUGGUUAUUUAGCACCAGAUAAAAUUGAUCCUAAAUUUCUCGAUUAUAAACAUGUGUUUACAGAAGUUGAGAUUGAUUCAACAGAACAUAGUCGAGCUAAGCUUCUGUUAAAACAUCCAGAAAAAGUCAUUCGAAGUCGUGAAGGUUAUCCUGAGGGUGAUUAUACACUUUAUCACACAUUAGAAGCAACCAAAUUUAUUCAAAGUGAACAAUUUCUUGAUCUAUUAGCAACGUCAAAUAAAAUUAUUAUCGAUGACGAACGUAUACUUAAACAUCCGGCUACUACAAAAGAAUUAAAACUGUGUUUAGAAGAUAUCAAAGUUUUGGGAAAACGAGAAAUAAAAUUAAUUUUGACUUGGCGAAAAAAGCUCGCAGCAGCACUGCAUAAAGCUGAUAGUAAAACUGAUAGCACGCCAAAUAAUGAAAAAACAAGCACAGAUAUGGCAGACAUCAAUCAAGAAGAACAAAAAGUACAAGAUGACAUUGAAGAUAAGGAAGAUAAAGAUAUUGAAGAACAAUUAUUGAGACUAAAUGAACAACAACGAAAAGAGGCGAAGAGAAAACGUAAACAUGUUAUGAAAGAAAAACGUAAAUUACGUGAUCGUUUAGCAUUAAAAAUGGUCUUACCCGGUGACAUUCAUGAUCAUGAAGCAUCAGGUGGAAAUAAAAAUGAUCAGGGAUUAUUCGAUUUAGAAAAAAUUAAAACAAAAAAACAAUUACUCGAAAUAUCAUCAGCAUUACCGGAUAUGAAUAUAUUUGGCAAAGAUAAUGAUGAUGAAAAUGAAAUCAAUGAAUUUGGAUUGCCCAAAAGUGUUAUGUAUUUCAAGGAUAAAGAUGAGAAUUAUGCUCAAUUAGAUAUUUAUAAACAAUAUUUGGAUGAUGAAGAAAAUACAGAUAAUGAUGAUAAUAUCGAUGCGUAUGAUUCAGAGAGAAAACAACCAAAAUUAGAUCAUCUAGAAAGUGAUACUGAUGGUGAUGAUCAAAAAGAAAAUGAAUGGGAUGAUAUGGAAGAUGCUGAUGAAGAAGAAAAUCCUCUUGAUAAAGAUAUAUUAACAGCUGAAACAAAGAAAGAAAAGUCCAAAGCAGUUGCUGAUGUUUGGUUUGAACAAGAUAUAUUUAAAGAUGCAAUAAAUGAAUUCGAUGAAGAUUUUGAAAUUGAAAGAAAAUUAUAUUCAUUGAAAAAAAAUGGUAGAAAAAUAUUAAAUAAAACAAAUAUAAAUACUGACAAUGAUACAACGAAACAGCGUGAAUUAAAAGGCAUAUUGAAAACGUCGAAUCAAUCAGAGAUCACCAAUGGAAAAGAUAGUGAUGAAGAUGGUACGGACGACGAUUCUGAUAAUAAACAAAAGAAGAAAAAGAAAAAACGACUACGUGAAAAUGAAUUUGAAGAAGUACCAAUUAAUCAACCAAUGAAAAGAGUUCGUCUUGAUGCCGAAGAAUUAGCGUUAGGACAUGUAAUGGCACAAUCAAAAGCAAAUCGUGAACAAGUCGUUGAUCAUGCAUUUAAUAGAUUUAUGGGUUUUGGUGAUAUUGAUGGUUUACCAGCAUGGUUUGUUGACGAAGAAAAACAACAUUGUCGUGGUAGUUUACCAAUAACGAAAGAAGUUGUUGAACGUUAUCGAGCAAAAAUGAGAGAAAUUAAUGAGAGACCAACGAAAAAAGUUGCCGAAGCAAAAGCAAGAAAGAAACGUCGAGAAAUUAGAAAACUUGAAAAAGUAAAAAAGAAAGCUGAACCAGUUUUAGAAAAUCCAGAUAUCACCGAUCAAGAACGAAAUAAACAUUUGAAAGGUCUGUACAAGAAAUAUGGUGUUAUCGGUCAAAAGAAGGCAAAAGUUCAAUACGUUGUGGCUAAAAAAUAUCAUCGUGGUUCAAAACCCGCCGGUACAAAAGCUCCAUAUAAAAUUGUUGAUAAACGUUUGAAAAAGGAUAAACGAGCGGUAAAAAGUAUUGGUAAAAAAUCGAAAGCUGCAGUGGAAGAAAUAUCAAGAAACAGCAACUAUAAUAUUCUUAUGGGAAUUAUUGGUGGAAUUUUAUUGCGGUUAUUAUUGUGUGGUAAAAAAACCAGAAGUACGAAUUAUGGUCAAUCUCGUGGAUUAAGAAAAUAUGCUUAA